AGGGAGUAGUUGUUCUUGAUUUCAAAUAUAGUUCAAGUUACAGGUAAAAGACCUUACAUCCUCCAUCCAGUGGGUACUAGCUAUACACAGCACAAAGCAGGAAUAAUUUAAUCAUUAACCUUAUCUUCACUACAAGCAACAAUCACUGCCCGGUAUCAUUAUCAUUAUCAUCAGAUGGUCCCUCCCUCACCUGCCAAUGACAGCAAUAUUAGAAAAUUGAUUGGUCUCAUCAAACUACGCCGCAUUUCAUUUACCAUCAGAUCAGCCUUUCUCUUCGAUCAAUCAAUCAACCAGCAAUCAACAAUCAAUCAAUCAACCAACCAACCAAACCAACCGCCUUCCCAGAAAUAACCGCCCGUUAAAUAAAAUCAUUUCUCCCUUCCCGCGACGACUUACCGGUAAGACGAGUACGCAAUAAACGAUAAACGGAAUAAGAAUCGAAACAAACUGUGUACCAGAAAGAUACAACCUUAUCAGUUGAAACUUCAUGCACAACAUCCAUCUUUGAACCUCGAAAUCUCACCCACUUCUCUCGCACAGUCACAAAAAGGAUAAGACGGCUUUCGUUAUCGUACUUCACAAGAUCCCUCGUUAUUGCAUUUUCCCAAUAAGACAGUGGUUUACGUGGUUUACGAGGAAAUAAAAACAUACUGCAAGUUGUUAAGGACGGGUUAUUGCUUAUCGCGGUCAUGAAGGCAAUGAAGAAUAUGGGCAUGAAUCGCAUGCUGGGUUCACUAAAGCGCUGUAGGUAGAUUCUCAAAAGAGAUCCAUUCUUCCUACAUGCGCCAUGAAGUAAGGGGGUGGAUUUGAAUUUAACUGACCAUGGAUAUUCUACGUUACAGCCAAAGAUCCUAACGAGGAAACUGGAGAUCCUCAGCUCGAUACCCCCGAAGUAAAUGCUGCAAGAAAUAUUGUAUGUUAUUAUCGCAGACGGACGAAUCGACCGGAAGCCUGGUGCUGAUCAUAAAUAUAGCGUUCAUUUUGCGAAUCUGGAGGUCCAAAUGGCUCAGUACGUAUGAUUUCUUGGACUGUCACAGUUACAAAGUAUGAUAUAAAGUAUGAUAUAUCUAACAUCUCCUAGGGUGAAGAAGUUCUUUACCUUCCUGCCAUCGUCGAAGCAGCGGAAUCCUCCCCAGGUGCCGCCAAAGAAUGCGCAUACCAUAUUAGAAAGUACCUCUCCAAAGACAACUUUAGCAAGCCUUACAUACAGUACAAUGCAAUUAUGCUGAUUCGGAUUUUGACGGACAAUCCGGGGAAGACCUUUACGAGGAACAUGGAUGUGAAAUUUAUCCAAACUGUGAAGGAGCUUUUAAGAACCGGGAGGGAUCCAAGUGUCAAGCAGUUGUUGAUGGAAACUUUGACGACAUUUACGAGAGACAAGGCAGAUGAUGAAACCCUAGCUCCUUUGAUUGAAAUGUGGAAGAAAGAGCAAGAGAAGAUGGUCAAAUUAGCAGCAAGUUUCCCCAAGCAUUACCCAUUAAUUGAUUCCGCCCUCUAAUGCAUCCCAGGGUCCUGCAGGUCCACGAACUCUCAUCGCUCCGCCCUUUGAUCCCAAUUCGCAAAACUACUUUGGACGUAAUCACCAUACACAUCGUCUUCCUCCUCCUCAUGAACUCUCUUCCCGCAUCGAAGAGGCUCGCACUUCCGCAAAACUUCUCUCCCAAGUUGUGCAAUCCACACCUCCCUCCGAACUCCUCGCCAAUGAACUCAUCCGCGAGUUUGCUGAUCGUUGUCAGUCUGCAAGCAGAAGUGUGCAAGCGUAUAUGAUUGCGGAAAAUCCAAGCCCUGACAAUGAUACCAUGGAGACUUUGAUCGAAACCAAUGAACAGUUGAGCAAAGCUAUGAAUCAACAUCAAAGGGCCGUGCUACAUGCGCGGAAAGUGAUGGGGCUUGGGAACGGAGAAAACACUACCCCUCCGUCUAGAACAAACUCGGGAUUUACACCACCGCCCGGUCCACCACCGAGUCAAAUUUCCAAACCUACCGCGAACAGUAGUAAGAGACCUGCGCCACCAAUCCCGCCACCGGGAGAUAUAGCACCUAUGGAUGAUGAAGAGGAUGAACGAGACCCUUUCAGUGACCCAGAACCAAGCUCAUCCAGGAGGCCGCCGUUUCCCUCUGAUGCGCCACCAAGAGCAACUGGUCAAUUCAAUGACGCCCAUGGUGUCGAACCCUACCACCCUGGUUUCAAGGAAACAAAAAGCUAUGUGGGAAGACAGGAUAGUAGCAUAGGCAAUGUCACCAUGCAUGCCGCUGUUUCUGAGAGGGACGAGGAAGACGAGGACGUCGAGCCGAGGUAUUCUGUCCCUGUUGGCAAACAGCCAAUCUAUAGAUACUAGGAGGCUUCCGAGAAUAUAACAUAAAGUUAGAAAGGCAUGAAGGUUUCGGGAUGAACUCUACUUGAGUAAGGCAUUUAGCAUUGGUGGAUACAUAUUGGAGAAAUUUUCCGGGGUCGAGAGCGAAGCGGCAUUUUGAUACCUUGGGGAUGUAAGACUUAUCGAGAGGAGUUUGUAAUGGAUGGUAUUUGUCAAUUUAAGGUGGAUACUGCAUUAGUUCAAUACUGUUUCCUUUCGUACCUGGGAAUAAUGGAGUCGUGAGAGGAAAUGAUCAGAAACCAGCCAAUGCACCACGUCAUUCCGACUGCCAUACUUUUGAAUGUUCCCUGGUAAAGAUUAUUACUCCACCGACCGCAGAAAUAUAUUUUGCGGAGGUUGCAACACGUUGCGCCCAGAGUGAAGGAUUGUGCCUCAGACGUCUGCAUAAUAAACCAAUUUGAUUCUGGCUAAGAUUCUUGGCGAUAGCCUGUUGUCCAAAGACUUCCCGAGUCGCCCUUCGAGAUGGUGUCGUCACUACCGCAUAAACUCGGUGGACUGAGAUGGCUUGAGUAGAAUAAAGUUUUGUAGGAUGAAUAUCUCACUAAGAGUAAGAUGAGAUGGCUUAUUCAAAGGGCUUCUUCCAAUCAGACAUUCUGUAGCGCAGCUAAAGGUGGCUUUUAACUAGUGAUAAUGUAUAUCACAGCAUUGAUUUAUACGGCAAUUCAGCCUAUUCGUGGAAUACAGCAGAGGCUGCCAUAUAAAUUUAUCAGAUACGACAGAUA